AUGGAUAGGUACAAUGUGGAUAUUGUGAGUGCCGGAGGGAACGUUAUGAGGAUAACAAAAGCAAUUGCUGCAGGAUUCUUUUUCCACACAGCUAAAAGAGAUCCGCAAGGGGGUUAUCGGACCUUGAUUAACAAUCAGACAUUCUAUAUCCAUCCAAGCAGUGCCCUUUACCGCAGACAACCAGACUGGCUCAUCUACCAUGAAGUAGUAAUGACUACCAAGGAGUACAUGCGUGAGGUAACUGUAAUAGACCCUAAAUGGCUUGUAGAACUAGCAUCAAGAUUCUUCAAGGCUGCAGAUCCAAAGAAUAUGAGUAAGCGCAAACGUCGAGAACGCAUCGAACCUCUUUAUGAUAGAUAUCAGGAACCUAAUUCAUGGCGCCUCAGCAUAACCUUGCAACAGUUUGAGAUUGAUCACAAAGGUCUGUUUCCUCCAUGUGGUGCUCCUAUAUUAAGGCUUGAAUUAUAA